AUGGAGAGCUUGAUUGGGGAGUCCACGGCGGAGAGCUCCGAGCUUAUCGGGGAUACGUGGCCCGCUGAUGCAGGACACGAGUUCGCCCCGCUCUUUGGGGACGCUUUUCCCUCAUGCUCUUCUUCACCGGAUGAUCUCAAUCGAGUAUUCUUCUCUGAGCCGCAGAAGAACCCUAGCACUAUUGCUCACCACACAGUGACUUCCCCUCCCCUGCCUCAUCAGAUCCAAGCUCAGGGAUGGACGCCGACCCCCCCUCCACCGCCACCUCCUCCAAGAGAAGCAAGCGCGCCCUCGGCAAAGAAGCACCCGCCGCCGCCGCCGCCGCCGCCGCCGACCGGUAAAACCGAUUCUCCGACCGCACCGUUGCUCCAGUCGCUAUUUGAUUGCGCCCGCCUCGUCGACUCUGAUCCAGAUCUGGCUGCGAAAUCCCUAGUCCAGAUCAGGGCAUCGUCAUCCGAUUUCGGCGACCCUAUGGAGCGACUCGCUUUCUACUUUUCUAAAGCUCUGUACUCCCGCCUUUCUCUGGAGAACCUGCAAUCCCAUUCUUCCCCAUCUCGUUCCCAUUCGAGCUUCGAUUCGUCUCCCGAGGAGUUCAUUCUUUCCUACAAGGCUCUGAACGACGCCUGCCCCUACUCCAAGUUCGCCCACCUGACGGCGAAUCAGGCAAUCCUCGAGAGCACUGAGGCGGCGGCGCGGAUACACAUCAUCGACUUCGGCAUCGUCCAGGGCGUCCAAUGGGCGGCUCUCCUGCAAGCACUCGCUACCCGUUCUUCCGGGAAACCGGCGAAGAUCCGCAUCUCUGGCAUUCCCGCACCUGCUCUGGGGGAUUGUCCUGCGGCGGCGCUCGCCGCAACGGGGAACCGCCUCCGCGACUUCGCGGCGCUGCUGGACCUGGAUUUCGAGUUCGACCCGGUCCUCACGCCCAUCCAGGAUCUCACCCUCUCCAGCUUCCGCUUGGCGGCCGACGAGGCGGUCGCCGUGAACUUCAUGCUGCAGCUGUACAACCUCCUGGGAGAGACCUCCGAGGCGGUGGAUCGGAUCCUGCGGAUCGCCAAGGCCAUCCAGCCAACGGUGGUGACGCUGGGCGAGUACGAGGUCAGCCUGAACCAGGUCGACUUCCUGCAACGGUUCAGCAACGCGUUGAGCUACUACGCCGCCGUGUUCGAGUCCCUGGAGCCGGCGAUGGGGCGCGACUCGUCGGAGCGGCUGCGGGUGGAGCGGCUCCUCUUCGGCCGCCGCAUCAUGGCCGCCGCCGGGCCGUGGGAGGGCAGAGAGAGGCGUGCCCGGAUGGAGGAGAGAGUCCAGUGGAGGGCUCGCAUGGAAGGCUCCGGCUUCGAAUCGGUGGCGCUGAGUCACUACGCCGUGAGCCAAGCGGGGAUUUUGCUCUGGAACUACAACUACAGCGAGAGGUACUCUCUGGUCGACUCGGAGCCGGGGUUCCUCUCCCUGGCGUGGUGCGGCCGGCCCCUCCUCUCCGUCUCCGCCUGGCGGUGA